AUGGCAGAUCCGCACGCAGCGUGUAUAUCGAACUGCCACCACCUCUCCUUGCCCCGCGCCCGCGACUCUCCAUUCUCCUUCCCACCCUUGGGCUUGGUGUUGGUGGCAUCUCAGCUCCGAUCGUCUGCGACUCCCCUACCCGUCCCGCUCCACGCCACCUCCCCGUCCGGUAUAUCCCAUGGCUCCCUCUUCCUCCGCGUCCGCGUGCCUGUCGAUUCGCCGUAGCUUUUUUUCUUUUUUUUUGGAACUGGCCAGCAAUUGCUGGUUUUCAUUGGCUUAGCAGAAAGAGAGGGACAGAGUUGUUUGAUCAAGUGAUCGGUGGGUGAUGAAGAGAAACCAACAAAGAAAGAAGUGAAGUAUCAAGCCGAUAUCUCACGCUACAUGCCCGAAAGGUUAUACUCUAAGCAUGCAGCUCCAGCUAUCCUCCAUUGCUCCAUGUCGCAGCGGCAGGCCUUGAUGGUGUUGUCCGCGCUCGGCAGCUUUCCUUUGAACACAUAGGCGUUCCUCUCCAUCCAGAUCAGCCAGCUGAUGAGUGCGAUCAUGGAUUUGGUGCCUCUCCCAGCUGCCGGUGCAGCGGCGUCAAUGAUCAUCUGAACCUUGGCAGUAGUUGUUGAUCCCUCGCUCCAUAUAUCAGGGUGCAGGGCGGAGCAGCUAAUCCAGGUCGCGAUAGCUUCUACCCGCGCUGGUGCGGAUUCUCUCGUUCCCGCCCGGAUAGGCCCCUGAUUAAGGCAGGCAUACUGCGCAGGUGGAAGAGCAAUGGCAGUUUAUGAUUUAAUGAUCCCGUGAAGCUUGGAACUUCUCCUCCUUCUUGUUGAAAUAAUAACUAGUCAAGUUCUUGCAUCAGACUUUGCAUUUUUCGAACUAAUAAUCUGUCCAUACUCUGACCCAUACAAGUGUCUUUUCCUACAGAACUAAUUUACACCUUCAUAUCAUCUUCCCAUAAAAAAUACAACUUCUCCAAUAUAAUUACUAUAGAGUACGUUAUAAUAAUCUAGCAUGUCCCAGCAAAAAAAAAGUGGUGUACAAAAGGUUGAUCAAGACCAGCUUACAACUUCUUCUUGCAUUUGAUGUAUCAAGAUCAGCGUAGUACUUAUUGAGAUGCAUGCAUAUUCUUUCCUAAGCUGGUUCAAUUGUAAGGGGCUCUGGUUUAGUUGUAUGGAACUUCUUUCCUAAAAAAUUUAUUGUUCUUUAACGUCAUAAAUAACCGCUCUGGUUUUUUUUAGGGGAAAACAAAUAACUUCUCUGUUUACCUGUGUGCUAACUGAUUUUGUGUAUAAUUCAAAUUUAUGGCCCUCUUCUUUCAUACUCCCUCUGUCCCAAAAUUCUUGUCUUAAAUUUGUCUACAUACGGAUGUAUGAAGUCGCGUUUUAGUGUUAGAUACAUCCGUAUCUAGACAAAUGUAAGACAAGAAUUUUGGGACGGAGGGAGUAUAAUUAAUCUAUUGUUGUAUACCAUCAUAACCUGUUAACCUAUGCCUACACAUAUAGGUCAGCUAAUUCUGCAGGACAUGGAAUUGUUAGUUUUCUGAAUAUUUGGGGGUUUUCUCUUUUUCUCUGAGUAAUGUGGGAAUUUGUAACGCGAAGUAGGUGCCUUGAAUUCCAUUUGCUGUUGAUGAUAGAUAUAUAGUGCAAAUGCUGCAAUUCCCUUAUCUGAAUUAGGAUUUAGGACAAAGCAUCAACAAGGUGUGAACCAUAUAAGCUGUUUGGGCCUUGCAGUAACAAUGAAGGCGUGAAAGUUUGAAAGAAUAUGACGCAUCGACUUUGCUCGUAAAACAGAUAUGUUCAGACUUUUUUUUUUCCGAUAAAGAGAUAUGUUCAGACUUACGCGGGUGGAUCUUAAGCUGCUUUUGACUAAGUGUAUUAUUAAGCCAUUUGAUCUGAUCAGUUUGCUGUGUGCAUUUGAAAUUCCCACCAACAUAGCACAAUAAAUAUUCAUGGUGACGUAUGAAGACACUUCUAUGUUCUCUCCCUUUUGUUCAUAUGUUGUCUACUGUAAACAAUUUAGGUUUGUACCAUGAAUGCGGAUUAUAAUUCACAAAAUUUAACUCCUCUCUGGCAACUUAAUUUCACUAUGUCUGGAAUGUCAUCUGAUGAUGCAAGUGCUGAAGUGAGGCCUGAAGGAGAAGUUUCUGGUGAAAAGGUAGAAGAAACUCAAGAUCAGAAUGAAGGCAGUGGCAUGCCCUCGCCACAGGAGGAGGAGGCAGCAAUCAAGAAAAAAUAUGGAGGAAAAAUGCCCAAAAAGUCAUCACUUAUAUCAAAGGACCAUGAGCGGGCAUUCUUUGAUUCUGCUGAUUGGGCUUUAGGAAAGCAAGGUGGAAGUCCCAACAAGCCUAAAGGACCCCUUGAAGCCCUUCGACCAAAACUACAGCCUACUCAACAAAAUGCUCGUGCCCGCCGAUCUGCGCAUCCUAAGCAUCUAAGUCCUUGUAUUUUUGUGUUCAAUGUAGUCCCAGUCUCACACAUCAUUAUCUUGCCUGCCGAGGAGCUGACCCAGAAUGAUGAUCCAACUUAAGGCAAGAACAAGGAAUAAGCAUAAUAUGCAUCGUGCUUUUUAUAGGGAAAGUCACGGUUCUGCUGUCAUCAUGCCAAAACUGUUGCCUUGUUAAAUAAUUAGCACCGGUGCUUAUAUUAUGCCUGAGGUUGAGCUCUGCAGUUUUAGCUGUGGCAUAUCUGGCUUCUUCCACAUUCAGCUAUGCCUGAACCAGCUAGGAAUGAACAUUUCAUGAUGGUGGUGUUGUAGUGCCGGAUGUGUAAGAAGAAAUAAUAACAAUGGAACUUCAUAUCUUAACAACACUUU